AGAUCAAUAUAGAGCACUCAACACGCAUUUCUUAUAACAUUCUGGCCCACGUCUCUUCCCUGCCUCCGCGUUCUCAGUAAUCCGGCAGCGGCGAAACAUUAAAAAUUAACAAAGGUCUGUCUCCUAGAUUGUCCCUGCUGUUUCAUCGCUCUGUGCCUGAGGUACUGGUUAAGACAGAGCGAGUUUUGCAUCUGGCAGGUUGCCUAUUGCUGACGUGUCAUGCCCAGCGGCGGUGCGCGCCGGCAGUCACGUGUUUAGUCCUUACAGAGUCAGAGCCGACGUGCAUGAGCGUGGCCAGGCUGCGCCUAUUCACACGCCAGCCGUCGACCACAGUGCACCACAGGAGUGAUGAGGUCUUGAGGCCGGGCGCCGCAGCAGCAGUUGGAGCGCCGCCCGCCCGCCAGCCGGCCAGGCAGCAUGCGCUGGACGCUGCCCGUCCCAGGUACGGCAGCCAACGACCCUGCCAAGUGGUGACCCGCGGAGCUUCUGGUAAAGACCGUUCGAUCCGAUCUGAACCGAACGGCUGCCUGGCAGCAGGACUGCGAGACCUGCGGAUAGAUCAGCCUCACAGACGCUGCAGGCGGUCACUGUAACGGCCCGCCUACAUUUCUUGCGUGCCGACGUGGGCGGUUACUGCUCGGCGUCUCGGCAAACACAGCGGACGCAGUGUGUGAGUGUGUGUCGGAUGGAACUGUGUGUCUGCUUGCAGGCGUGUGAUAUUACGUGACCUGCUGCGAUGAAGCCGCUGAUGGCAAUGUAGAUUGUGGACGUCACGCCGGAGCGCUAC